CGGUGCGGUGGCGGCAGCGCUGCGGGCGGGGGGCGCCGCGCAGUGACAGGGCCGCCAUGAUCCGCUUCAUCCUGAUCCAGAACCGGGCGGGCAAGACGCGCCUGGCCAAGUGGUACAUGCAGUUCGACGAUGACGAGAAGCAGAAGCUGAUCGAGGAGGUGCACGCCGUGGUGACGGUGCGCGACGCCAAGCACACCAACUUCGUGGAGUUCCGCAACUUCAAGAUCAUCUAUCGCCGCUACGCCGGCCUCUACUUCUGCAUCUGCGUGGACGUCACCGACAACAACCUGGCCUACCUGGAGGCCAUCCACAACUUCGUGGAGGUGCUCAACGAGUAUUUCCACAACGUCUGCGAGCUCGACCUCGUCUUCAACUUCUACAAGGUGUACACGGUGGUGGACGAGAUGUUCCUGGCGGGCGAGAUCCGCGAGACCAGCCAGACCAAGGUGCUCAAGCAGCUGCUCAUGCUGCAGGCGCUCGAGUGACACUGUCCCCAACGCGUCCCCAGCGCGGGCCCCGGGACCACCCCCCG